CAUCUCCUAAAAACUACAUCUUCCUCGAUUCAUAUUCUCUGCUUCUCCUACUCUCAUUGCAUAUUCAUAAUCAUAACCAUAUCAGCACACUCUGCUAAUUAAUUAAUUAAUUAAUUAAUGGCUUCUCAACAGCACCGGCAACAACUUAGGAGAGACGAGGAUCAUAAUGUAGACGUCGUGGAGAAAGAUAGAGUCCCCAAAUUGGCCACUCAUUACGAGUCUCUCGCCGUCAAGACCACCUCGCCGGAAUCCGACCAGAAGAAGAUGGAAACGUCUUCUUCCCCUUCCUUGGAGGAGAUCUCCGACUUGAGGUCGCAGGCGCAGCAGAAUUCAAUCGACGCUGUAAUGGCCGCCGAGAACCGCUACCGGAAAGCCAAGGAUUUGGGACUUAUUGCCGACGAUGGCAAGGACGUAAUUUCACACUGGACGGAGGGAGAGCCUCAGCCUGUCGAGGGUAAGGAUGUAAUUUCUAACAAAGGCAGUCGUCUGGCGGAUACUAAGGCGGGGGAGGGUAAAGAUGUCAUUUCGGCCAAAACUGAAGCUUUGAAGAACGCGGCGGCGGAGAAGGGCCAACAAGCGACGGAUAGCGUUUCGGCGAUCGGGCAAUCCGCCGCCGUCCAGGCUGCGGCGGCGAAGGACAAGGCGGCCGACGCUGCCAAGAGCGCCGCCGAGUACGCGGCGGAGAAGGCGAGGGCGGCGAAGGACACGGCGGCGGACACUUCUAUGACCGCCGCCGAGUACGCUGCGGAGAAGGCGAGGGCGGCGAAAGACACGGCGGCGGACACUUCUAUGACCGCCGCCGAGUACGCGGCGGAGAAGGCGAGGGCAGCGAAGGACACGGCGGCGGAGACUACAAGAUCCGCUGCUGGGUACGUCGGCGAGAAAGCUGCGGCGGCGAAGGAUGCGACGGUGGAGGCCGGGAAGGGGGCGGCGGGAUACGCCGGAGAAACAGCGGCGAAGGUGAAGGACCAAGCCGCCGCGGCCGGCUGGGGCGCGGCGCAUUACACUCUGGAGAAGGUUGCCGCCGCGACGAAGACGGCGGAGGGCGUCGCGUCCAGCGUUGCUGGAUACACCGGCGAGAAGGCGGUGGCGGCGAAGGAUGCGGUGGCCGGGGUGGGGCAGAGUGCGGUGGGGUACGCCGGGGAGAAGCUCGCGCAGGCGACGGAAGCCGUUGUUGCGGCGGAGGAGAAGGCGGCGGAGUACGCCGCCGAGAAGAAGGCGGAGAUGGACAAGAAGACAGCAUCCCAAGAGAGGCGGUGCAGGUGCAGCAGGCCGCCGGAGGAGUUGGCAUGGAGGAGACAGCCGCUCCGGCGGAAUACGGCGGCGGAGGCGGCGGAGGGAUUGCGAAAGCAAUUGGGGAAACUAUAGUGGAGAUCGGGCAAACGACGACGGACCUGAUAGCAGGUGAAGGGAUAUUGGGCGAUAGUGAUCGAGUGAGGAAGAACAAAUAAUUAAAACGAGGACAGGUGUCCUGUACGGACAAAUAAAGCUGUAUAGAGUUUAGUCUUGUACACAACAUGUAUUCUGUUUUCUUGUCGAUGUACGUUUCAAUUAUGCAACGUAUUUUAUUUUAUUUUAUUUUA